AGACUUGCAUGUUUUCAUUACAUUCUUUAACGAUGAUAUGUAACAAUCAGUAAGUGUCAUGCGUGGACGAGAAAUUCUUGAUGAAUUUAAGCCCGGUUUACUCUGUUGACGUUCACACUCGCAGAUCGUUGCUGAUUGGUGGUGUGGUCCAUGACCCGCCAAUCGGCGUCGGAAGACGGUUUUCCUGCGAAUGUCAGCCGUCAGGUCCGAGGCAAUCGGUAUCUCGGGAACGUAUGUCGUUUUUCGCAAUCCUUUGUGUAUCCAACGAAUGAUCGAUGUGUUACGAUUACCGUUCACUCGAGAUUAUUUAGAAUAUUAUUCUACACUGUUCCUUCUUUUUGUGUCGAGAUAAAUCCGCUACUGUUUAAUUGAAAAUUUACCAGCAAUGACGAAAGGAUUUAGGGGGAUAUUUUUAAAUUCGGUGAACACAAAUUCAUAGAGAAAAAACAAAAAAAGGGAUUGGGAUUUUAAAGUAACAAAGAGACGUAUAGAUAUAAUCUUUUUGUUUUAAGAUAAGAUACUUCUUUAAAGCACAAAAGUUCUAUAAUACGUACAAAUGCAAAUACAUCUGUAAUCUUUUGCAAUAAGUGUAUUAAAAUACUCAAAUGGCAUGAGGAUGUUUACAAAACAUUGAAAACCUUGGAUUAUUGUCUCAGUGGAGAUACUGAGUUACUGCCUGCCAACAAUAGCACACCUACACUCUUUGCAACUAUACAGUAAAUGUCAUGAUAAAAUAUAAUGGCUAUCAGAAAGGUUUUGCUGGACAUUCAGUGUUAAAUACAUGAUAUCUGAAUUAAACACAUCAUCCUAUAAAUUCAAAAUACUCUAAUUAUUGAAGAACAAGAUCAACAGAAUUCUAUAAAAUUGACUGAAUAUAUAAAUUUAAAACAAAACAAAGAAACAAUAGAAUAAUUUUAAUGAUUCUGUUUUAUUAUACAAAAAGAAAGGGUAUAUUAAUUUAUGAUUACAAUACUUUGUGGUAUUCUGUCCUAUUGAUGAAAUAAUAUGGUAAAAUUAAAUGCGACCUUCAAGAGAAGUUUAGGAGCACUUUAAUUAUUUGUACUGCAACGAAAGAAAAAAUACAAACUUUUAUUUUGUUGAACCAAUUCAUGAUUAAGAUUUGACAUGAUAUAUAUGUAUAUAAAUAAAGUCUUUUAGUUUAUGAAUAUUGGGUAAUUUUGAGUGCAUUUGACAAAUUUAAAUUAAUGUAAAAAUUACCUGUAAAUAAAUUAGCGAAACUGUAACUGAUUAUUUUUAAACAAAAUGUAUAAAAAUUAUUUUAAACGUUUACAUCAGUGGUUGUACAUAAUUGAGAAACAAAAAGAAGAAGAAACAAUACAUUUGAAAUUUUGCCUGGAUGAUAGAGGACAAAUUUGUUAACCCUAUAUAAAACAAGGGUUAAAAAAUGGACAGUUGUAUCUCGGGGGUAGUGCAAGUAUUUGUGGGUGAAUGGAGCCCAGAAUAUGAAGCACUUUCAAUUAAAGCUACAAAACAAACUUCCUCAGCUGAAAUAGUGGAGUGUAUUAUAGAGAGACUUGGAUUAGUUGAUGCAUCUGUUUCAAAUGGUUAUGAGUUAGCAGAAGUAGUAGGAAACUCUGUUGGGCAAGAAUGUAAAGAAAGAAGACUUGGGCCAUGUGAGUGCCCUGUGGCGCUUAUGUUAUUAUGGCCAAAAAAUGCAGCGCAACAAGAAUACUACAGGUUUUACUUGCGCAAAAAACAACCAGAUUAUUUAUGGUCAGAUAGUAGGUUUCCCAUGGAUCCACAACUUCUCAAGGACUAUUUUAAUAGAUUCCUAUAUCAACCACGAGAUAAAGAGUAUCCAGAUCUAUGUCAACUUCCAGAUCUUAAUGAACAAACUCUAUUGGACAACCUUCGGGCUAGGUUUUUAGCUGGAAACAUAUAUACAUAUGUUGGCAGCAUAUUAAUUGCAUUGAAUCCGUUUAAAUUUUACCCUAUUUACAAUCCAAAAUAUGUAAAACUCUAUCAAAAUAGAAGGUUGGGGCCAGAUAUACCUCCACAUAUAUUUGCCAUAGCUGAUGCAGCUUAUCAUUGCAUGCUUAAAGAAAAAAGAAAUCAGUGCAUUGUUAUUAGUGGUGAGAGUGGCUCGGGUAAAACAGAGUCAACAAAUUUUCUACUGCAUCAUUUGACAGCGCUUAGUCAGAAAGGUUCUCAUGGUAGUGGUGUUGAACAGACAAUACUUAGCGCUGGUCCAGUACUAGAAGCAUUUGGAAAUGCAAAAACUGCACAUAACAACAAUAGUAGCCGUUUUGGUAAAUUUAUCCAAGUGAAUUAUAAAGAAAAUGGAAUGGUUCAUGGGGCGGUCGUACAAAAAUAUCUUUUGGAAAAAUCAAGAAUAGUUUCUCAAGGAAGAAAUGAAAGAAAUUAUCAUGUAUUUUAUUAUCUUUUGGCUGGAGCUAGUGAACAAGAAAAGCAACUUUUGCAUUUAGAAAGUUGCGACCGUUACAAUUAUUUAAAUAAAAGUGGCUGUUAUGGACUAGAAAAUGUUGAUGAACGACAUGAAUUUUCAAGGUUGAAACAGUCUAUGGAAAUGGUUGGAUUUACACCAGAAAAGCAGAGACGAUUGUUUGCAGUUCUGUCAGCUGUUCUUUUACUUGGUAAUGUGGAGUUUCAGCCUAGAAAAUCUUAUCACCAUCACGAUGAAGCUGUGGGAGUUAAAAAUCCUGAAGUGGUUGCAUUGAUAUCUGAACUUCUGCGAGUAAAACAAGAAACUCUUUUGGCUGCACUUACUGCUAAACGUGCAAGAGCGUCUGGAGAAACAUUAGUUAUUAACUAUAGGCUUCCAGAAGCAAUUGCAGCAAGAGAUGCUAUGGCUAAGUGUUUAUAUGGAGCUCUAUUUGAUUGGAUUGUACUUCAGGUGAAUCAUGCUUUACUUUCAAAGAAAGAUACCCUCAGAGAUCAUCAAGGCAAUAGCAUAGGUGUAUUAGAUAUCUUUGGUUUUGAAGACUUCAAAAUGUGCAAUAGCUUCGAACAGUUAUGUAUAAAUUAUGCUAAUGAACAACUACAACAUUAUUUCAAUCAACAUGUUUUCCAAUAUGAACAACGAGAGUACAGAAAACAGGGGAUUAGGUGGACAGAUAUAGGCUACAGUGAUAAUUCAGGUUGUUUAAAUUUAAUAGAAGGGAAACCGAAUGGCCUUCUUUGUCUUUUAGAUGAUCAAUGCAACUUUCCGGGUGCAACGAAUGAGACACUGCUACAAAAAUUUAAUACAGUACAUAAAGACAAUCCAUUUUAUGAAGCACCACAACGACGCGAAGCAGCCUUUGUUGUACGUCAUUAUGCAGGAUCUGUUAAGUACCAAGCUGCUAAUAUGAGAGAAAAAAAUCUGGAUUUAAUGCGACCUGAUGGUGUUGUUGGUGUAUUGAAGAAUUCUUCCCUUGCUUUUGUUCGAGAAUUAGUGGGUGCAGAUCCGGUUGCGGUAUUUAGAUGGGCAAUACUUCGAGCAUUUUUUCGCGCUCAUUUUGCUUUCCAAGAAGCUGGUCGAGCUCAUAGACAUGGUCGAGCUGAUGGUACAAAAACAUCUAUACAAAACAGGUAUAGGACACCGAACGAGAAUUUAAUAAGUUUGCACAAACAUAAUCGUCCACCAAGCUAUCAGAAGCAGCGCAGUGUCUGCAUACCAUCAACUAUACCCAUUACCACAUUAUCUUCUAUACAACUCGAAAACAACGACAAUGUAAACAACAACCGAUUGUCGUGGCCACAAUCUCGAAACAUUAAUCAAACGCAACACCCGACAAAUGUAACCACGAUGAAGGGUUACUUAAUAAGGGGCAGGGAAGACCAGCCUCAUAGUAAUAAUAAACUCAGACGGGAUACUCAUAACCCGCUAGAGAGGGUGCUUCCAAAAGACGAAGCAAACGUCAUGGAACGCGCUAAUCAAAUAGUCAUGAAAAAUAAAUCAUUUCGACCAAGAGAACGGGGUAAGAAGGGUCUAAAAAAUCUACAAACUGUAAAAACACUUGCUGGAAGAACGCAAAGUUACGGCUCAGGACCUGGAAAAGCAAGAAAGCAGCCUAUGACAGUAUCUGCACAAUUUCAACAAAGUCUGCAUAGUCUUAUGGAUACAUUAAACCAAGCAAACCCUUUCUUCAUUAGAUGCAUUAAAAGCAAUGCCAACAAGGUACCAAACGAGUUCGAUGAAGAAACAGUGCAACGACAGUUAAGAUAUACAGGAAUGUUAGAAACAGUCAGAAUAAGACAAGCUGGAUUUAACGUUAGAUUAACAUAUGAAGAAUUUAUUCAAUUGUAUAGAAUGUUAUUACCUAAGGGUUUAUUAAGUUCUCAGUCUGACGUUAGAGAUUUUCUAUUGACACUAAAUUUAAAUAGAGAUAAUUAUCAACUUGGAACAACUAAAGUGUUUCUUAGAGAAUCAGAAAAAAUUAAACUAGACAUUGAAUUACACCAACAAAUUAUUACAAGCAUUACAACUAUACAAAAAUGGUUCCGUGCGUGUUUAGAAAGAAGGAAAUUCCUUAGAUUGAAAAAUGCAGUUGUGCAAAUACAGUCAUUUUGGAGGAUGGUCAUUGCCCAAAGAUUCGCGCAUUCUUUACGUACUAGAAUCGAGGCUGUCAUUCACAUCCAGUCUGCUUGGAGGGCAUAUAAACAGCAUAGUUGGUUUAAGAAACUUAAGUCCUGUGUAAUUAUGUUUCAAGCUCAUAUUCGCGGUAAUAGAGCGAGGAAGACUUUCGCAGAAUUAAAAAAACAGAAAAAAUUGCUUGUUGAUAAAAUCGGAGAAUAUAAAGAAACUCAAAAUCAAGGAGAGCUUGUAUAUGAUAACAGUAAGGUAUAUCCUAGGCUCAGGAAUAGCGAAGAGUCACUCACAGAUCAGGGCUUGUUGGAAUUUAAUACGAUUCGUAAAACGGAAUCUCAGAAUCGUCUUACGUCAGCAAGAGUGGAUAAUGUACUUCGAGAUAGUACAGCUGAUACGAGUAUGUCAUAUUCAAAGCGUAAAAUUAUACCAAAUACAAGAAUAUUACAAGAAUCUAGCUCGAUCUUAAGAAACACGGAUUCUUUUCCUUCGGAUGAAUUUAAUGAGCGUAAAAGUAGCUUGGAAAGUUUGACUAGUUUAAGAAGCUAUGAAUCUCAAGUGAGCAACAGUUCUGAAUCUCAAGACAAUUCUUAUGGCAAACCGGUACCGAGCACUAGAACGAAACGCUGUGAUCAAUCUCCAGUAGUUGCCGCAAAUACAAACUUAGUAAAUGCUUCGAGCCGAUUGUCGUCUGUUAAUAAACGAGCAGACAGUUCAUCGACGGGAUAUAGCGAUGGAGAAACUGAUACAGAAAUUCCGAGUACAGUACAAAGUGCUCCGCCUGUUUUUAACACAACUCCAUCAUUUCCAAGUCCACGAGAAAUUACAUACCAUCAAUCUAACAUGAGUUUAACGCAUAGUCCAAAUUCAGACGUCUGGCGUCGCCGAGCAGACUUUUCUUCGUCCAUUAAUUAUAGUGAUUAUUUACUGCCUGGUCCUCAAAAAUCAACCUUGACGCGUUCUCCAAAUGUUUCUCAAUAUAGAAGUAUAGCGGAUAACAUGUUCGAGCAAGUGCAACAAGACAAACCAAACGAAGCAUCGAAUUAUAAUGUGAAAUUGGAUAGUGACCGUUUUAUUCAUAUGGAUAGUUCAUCAGCUAGAGAACAACGUCGAUUAAGUGAUAAUAGUGUACCGAGCGAGCGGAUUGAAAGCGUCCCAGUUUCACCUAUCAGACGUGAUCAUGGUUAUGGCCACAGUAAAGAAAUGAAAGAUUUUAGUUACUUGAGAAGACAAAACUCGGAAGGAGAUACAUCUAUGAAAUUAGAUGCUGUGAACGAUGAAAAUGCUUUAAAAAGUCCCUUGUUGAAAGGAACUUCGCCCAAGGAGAAAAAUUCGAAACCAAAGGAAAAAUGCGAGCCCGACGUGCCUGUCAGAAGUGCCAGAAGAAAUCGUCCCACUCGGGAAGUCCAGUGUCGAUCUAUGGGCGAGAGUGUAUCAGAAACCAACAGUGGAGAAACCAAAAGUCUAUUUCUGGGUACGAUCAAAGAGAGUGACCUACAUAAAGCAACAACUAUAAGGCCUCGGAAAGAUAGUCCACAUGAUACACCAUCCAGAUCGAUAACAGAUUGGCCUGUAAACAAAAAUGAAGCUACAUCUAAGAUGCAACAACCUGGAAAGCGCAUGAGAUCCAACGCUAUAACAACACUAGAGCUGAGGAGAAGAAAUUCGGACCCAGCGACUAAAAUAUCAGGACUUAGCGAAGACAAACCUGGAACUGAUACAAGUCCCAAUGACCUAAAACUCGCACCUGGAAUGAAUCUAUUAGAAUGGAAAGGCAAUCUUUUCACGUUAGCCGGUCAUUGUUUUAGAAAAGUAGCAAGGUUUGCCAAAGACGAUGUGUGCGUAUGUUGCCACGAAAAGAUGGAUGCGUUCGUAACACAGGGGUACAAAUGUAUUGAUUGUAAACAAUUAUACCAUGUCAAAUGUAUUCAGAAUGGCGGAGUACUUAAAAUGCCAUGUAUAUUAGCGAACACUCCAGGUAGGCGAAAACACAGGAAACCACCACGAACGCCAUACGAUGCCUCGAAACAAGUAGUGGUAUCGAAAUUCAGCUUAACCGGUACAUCCGCGUUCUCUGACAGUACUGAUAAGAUUAUAUCCGACGCGAAAGAGUUAGCUCUCAUGCAAGAUUUUAUUACGAAGAAGAUAUACAUAAUGGAAGGACAAGAGGAAGGCAGGAAGCCAAGCGAAGUCGAUCGUGUAUUUAGGCAGGCUUUGCGUAAAUUUAAAGACGACCUAGUGAUCACUUACAGCGUUGCUAUUCAGCAAGGUGUGGAAGGCAACAUCAAAUACACUGACUUAAUUGCGAACUUUUUGCACGUAAUAGAAACAGUCUGCAAACAAGAAAAUACCAGUGAAGAUUUUCCCGUGACGAUGGGAGUAAAUGCAUUUAGAGGAUUCAUGAAUGAAUUUAUGACGCUAGUCAAAACAGAAGCACCAGAGAAACAGAGCAAAAGCAAACGUAAGAAGGAAAAGAAACGAAAACAUGAAGAACCAAUACGUCAUGGUAAUCAUAUGUUCCAGCUAACUAUUAUAAACAUUCCUACAGCUUGUGAAGUGUGUACAUCUUUCUUUAUGUGGCCUAUCGAGCGAGGACUUGUCUGUCAGAAUUGUAAGUUAACGUGUCACAAAAAGUGUUAUAUAAAAGCAUCAGCAGAAUGUGGGAAGGAGGCGUUGCACGAAAUGAACUCACGGAAAAUAUUCGGUGUACCGUUGUAUAAAUUGGACUGUGGUGACGGUAAAGUACCGAUAGUGGUAGAUCGGUUAAUUACAACCAUAGAGAUGCAUGGUCUGUAUACGGAAGGUAUAUAUCGAAAGAGCGGUGUCAGUUCCAAAGUGAAGGAAUUAAAAGUGAAAAUGGACGAAGGUGAUCUAGAGAAAGUGGACUUUGAGAAUUAUCAAGUACACGUGCUCGCAGCAGUAUUGAAAAGUUUCUUUCGAGAUAUGCCAGAGCCUCUCCUCACUUUCGAGUAUUACGAUGAUUUUCUGCACGCUGCGAACUUAACGGAUCCUCGGGAUCGAAUCAGUACGCUAUUUGCAAUUUUGAAGAAGCUGCCGAAGCCAAACUUCGACUUGAUGGAACGACUGAUCGUUCAUCUAGCUAGAGUAGCGCUUCAUGAAGUCGACAAUCGAAUGUCUCCGUCAGCCCUAGCAAUAGUCUUCGCGCCGUGCAUUCUAAGGACGAAUAGGACGUUGCCCGCGCAAGAUUCUUUACAAGAUGUUGGCAGGCAGACUUGUUGCGUCGAAACGAUCGUACAAGAGAAAUUGAGGGUCGUGCGAGCAACUUUAGCCGACAUAAAUACACUCGAAUCCGCUUGUCACACGGCGACUUAUCGUUUAUCCAGUUUACGAUCUUCGAAAAUCUUCAGCCCAGAGGAGUUAAGUGCGGCGACCCCAAGUGUGACUGCCAGAGGUGUUACUACAGAUCGAGAGAGAGAUCGAGGCGAUGAAGAGGAGGCGCUUCUCGUCGAUCAUAUACAAGAAAUCCAGAAGGAAAAGGCCCUACUAACUUCAACUCUUCCCAGCCUAACGAGAGCUUCUUCAGACGACGACCUACUUCUAUCUGCCACAGACUUGGACGAUGGAUCUCUUGACGAUCUUCUUCCAUCUUCUGCCGACGGACUCGUAAGAAAGAGACCUAUCCAGAGGCAAAGUUCUGCAGACAAUGCAUUUCCGACGAUCAUCAGUGUCGAUGAAGACAUGGUAAUGGUAUGACCAUCCACGAUAAACGUUACCACGAAGAAUGAUGAUCGUCAAGUGUAGCAACAUGACACACGCUGUGAAGCGUUGACUGACGGCAGCGAAUCGACGAGUCUUACUUCUGGUCUCAUCGGCAAGCCGCUAGUAAUUUAAAUAAGUAGUAAACACGAUAUUAGGUAGGUCUAGUAAUUUGUUCCACACGAAGUUCAGCUGAUAAUUCGAUCAAACAUUAUAUAUAUAUAUAUAUAUACAUAUAUAUAUAUAUAUAUAUAUAUAUAUAUAUAUAUAUAUUAUACUU